GAGAAUCACACGAAGGACGAACAAAAAACAAAGAAAAAAUGGCGUAUCGGAGAAGACAAGGGAUCACGAGAGCUUCUACAUUCAAGGAAGAUAUCUAUAAUCAACCACCUGAUCACGAUCACGGUGAUCUCAAAGGUCACUCCAAUGGCGGAUCCUUCAGAUCUUCUCAAUCUUUCUCUUCUCAUUCCUCCCUUGCCGCUCAAGCAAUCCGCGCCUCCUCUGCUUACAACGGCGAAUCCAAUUCUCAGGUCCGAGGAUUCACCGCUUACGAGGACGCGACGAAGAACGAGAGCCGCGGAUUUUGGGGAAUCCUAGCACAGAAAGCGAAAUCAAUCCUCGAAGAUGAAGAAGAAGAAGAACAACAACAACAACAAAACGUCGUCGUUUCCGAAUCCUCGAAUAAUAACCCAACGAUACGCAAAAGCAUAGACAAAAUCACGACGUCGCUGAAUCAGAUCGGAGACAGUUUCGAGAAAGCUUUCGAAGAAGGCCGUACGAUCGUAGCUUCUCAGAUCAGACGAAAAGGAUCCGAUCUAAUCGAUUCAUCGGAGAACAACAACAAUUACAACAAUUACAAUUCUGGAUCCAACAGUCCAUGGCAGCCAUUAACGCAACCAAACCCACACGAAUCGCAGCUCAAAGCUUCCCGUGACGUAGCCAUGGCUACAGCAGCCAAAGCCAAGCUCCUCCUCCGCGAAUUGAAAACGGUUAAAGCCGAUUUAGCGUUCGCCAAAGAGCGGUGCUCGCAAUUGGAAGAAGAAAACAAACGGUUAAGAGAUAACCGGGAAAAAGGAAACAACAAUCCAGCCGAUGAUGACUUGAUCAGGCUUCAGCUAGAGACAUUGCUUGCGGAGAAAGCGAGAUUAGCACACGAAAACUCGAUUUACGCGAGAGAAAACAGAUUCCUGAGAGAAAUCGUCGAGUAUCAUCAGCUAACGAUGCAAGAUGUUGUUUAUAUCGAUGAAGGUAUCGAAGAAGUCGCUGAGGUGAAUCCAUCGAUCACGAGAACGCUCUCGAUGGCUUCGUAUUCGGCUUCUGAAUUGCCUUCUUCGAUCUCGCCUUCUCCUUCGUCACCUGCUUCGCCUUCUCGGCUCUCUGUUUCGACUGAUAUUUAUCCGGUUUUGGUUCAGCAGAGCUCGGCUAACGAUGUGGUUACUGCUGAGACUCCUAAACCGGUUCGACCACCUUCUUUGGGAUUCACAGAUGAUGGUAAGAGACCAUCGUCGUAGCUCUCUGUUUAGGAAUCAAUGACUUAAAUUUUCACUACCAUUUUGAUUUGUGUCUCUUUCGAGAUUUUUUUUUUUUGUUGGUUGUUAGUAGAAUUUACGUUCUUUAAUUACUUGAUUUUCAUUUUUUUUUGG